CCCCAUUUGUUGUCACCGCCCUGACCCGUGGGUUUGUCUUAGCAGUUUGGACUACCUACGGGAUAAGACCAGAGGUGCUUUUCCUCUGCGAGUGCGAGUGGAGCUGCGGGAGCCGCGGAGCUCUCUGCUUCAAGCUACUGCUUUUUUCUUUCCUAGGUUUUGUUGAGUCGGGAAGCAAAUCAAGGUCAAGUUAAUCCUCACCUUCCUAACACGUUUUCUAGGGUUCUUCUGUCGUUAAAAAGGUUCGGGACCUAAGUAGUUACCAGGGUCAAGAGGACUAUGAGGUUUGGUCCCGCCUCGUUUAAGGCGCGCCCGUCUCCGGGUGGAGCCAGCUGGGAAAGGCUCGCGGCUCGGUGCGCAUGCUCCGUGGACUCGGCUCGGGAAGGCACCUCGACGGCGCUCCCCAGAGACGGGGUCCGCCUCCACCCCAGGCUUCCGGGCAGAGAGAAGUGGGCGGAGUGAGGGCCGGAAGCACCGGGCGGGAGUCUUCAUCAGUAAUCCUCAAUUUUCGUGUAGUGCACCUGGCAAACUGAUGAUUUUGUGAGAUGUCUAAUCUCUAGUCGCUUACCCCUCUACUUUACCACAGGGAUAGAAAUCCAUUUGAGGAAAUCUGCUACCAAUAAGCGGGCUGGGAGACAACCCCAACGCUAUUUUCUCUAUUUACGGAAGCUGUGUCCCGGCCUCCUCAGUGUGUUGUUCGCUUCCUUUUUCUCCACACCCCCUCUAGCCGCCUUGUUUUUAUCGUUUUCCGCACCUCCCUUCCCCAGCGCUCCCACUACCCCAAGGACCAUGUAUGACCGGGCUCCCCGUCUGCUCAAAUUGGCUGAAGGUGGCAGCACUGAGGCCCAUGUGGGUCCUGGAUCCUACCAGGUACCUUUCCUGAAGCAGCAGGCGACAGGUAGUUAUGCACCGUUUCUUUCUUUGACUGCCAGAGAAAGUGCUUUUACCAUUGCCUCUAGCAUUGAGAAAGCUGUUCCAGGUCCAGGACACUAUAAUGUUUCAGAAGCCCAGUGUAAUAUAAAGGGAGGCCAUAGUCUACAAAACCGGGAGAAACGUUUUAAGAAGUUUAUUUCAGAUAAUCCAGGACCAGCAAGCUAUGAUCAGUCUUAUCCUAGAACACAAGAUAUCAUGAACAGAAAAGUAUUAGAGGCCAAAGAGCAUCUUCAGUCAAAAAUUUCAAGCGCACCUACACUUACCAGAAAUGUUGAUGCUCCUUCAAUUCCUUCUUGUGGAAAGUCAUAUGGUUAUCAUAUUAAUGAUGAUGGCAGUAUUAUAAAACGUCUUCCACCUGCUAGUGACAAUACACUUGGUCCAGCAUAUUACAAACCUCAAUUUGGUGUUUCCAAUGCAACUUUGAAAUACAAAGGCAUACAUUUUGGCAACUCAUCAGGAAGACAAGAGUUACCUAAAAAGUCAAGUCCUGGUCCUGGGCAGUAUGAUAUAGUCCAGAAAAAGACAUCAUAUUAUGAAAAUGUUAACAUAAAGAGAGAUCAACAACAAAAUCAUUGCUCAUUUAUCCCACGAUUAUAUGAAAUAAUAGUAUUGCAGGCGAAAAAAAAGGGAGUACCAGGACCUGGAAAAUAUGACAUUAAAAGUCAAUUUCAGAAGACAGAAAGUAUGACACAAAAUGCAAGUGAGGCAUCCCCUGCUUUUCUUUCUCAAUCCCAGUUCUGUCUGCUAAAUGAACCAAGAAGCAAAGAUAUCCCAGUAGCAAAGGGCACAUCUAGUGCCCAGAACUUGGUAUCCAAUUCUAUCCUACUGAAAGAAAAAGCAUUCCUCAGAGAAGUAACUGAUUGUAGGAUAGAUGGAAGAGGAAAGUGUAACACCUUAUGUCAGAAAAGAUUUUUACCUAUGAAAUCAAUAACCCCGGCUCCUGGCACAUAUAACGAACCUCGAACUGCUAUCAAGUCCUUGAAGAAAACAUCAGGACUGAAAAAUAUUCCAUUUGGUCAAAGAGCUGUUCGAUUCACACAGGAUAUCAGGACAGAGGAGAUGCCAGGUCCUGGGUUUUAUAAUAUCCUGAACAAUACUAUAAUUGCCAAUAUUAGAAAUAUCUGCUCAAAAAAACAGAAGAAAUGUGCAUUUGGUUCUUCUGUUCCUCGGACUUUCUUCUUGGUUCAGAAAGAUGCUUGUGUUACCCCUGGGCCUGCUGAUUAUCAGUAUGGUGGAAUUUCUGAUGAAUUACCUAACUUGACUAACAAAUAUGCUGCUUUCUUGUCAAGAACCGAAAGAACUACAAAGAUAUCAGAUAUGGUUAUUCCAGCACCAGGCAGCUAUGAUGUUCACAAAUCAUAUGAGAUGUCCCAAGUUAAGCAUAAAUAUAUGCCACCUCGUAGUUUAGUGGCUAGAAGAAAACAUGCCUCUUUUCUUAGUGCAACUCCUCGGUGCCUAGAAAAAAUGACUGAUGGGCCAGGUCCUGCAUCAUACAAUCCUGUUUUAAGGAAAUCUUGCCCCACACCCUUAUUUAUGAAAGCAUCAAAGUGCUUUGUAGAGUCCAGAGAGAUUACUCCAGGCCCAGCAACGUAUGAGCUCAGUCCAUUUUUAAGGCAUACAGUUCUGAAGAGAACAUUUAAUGUAACUCUGCCAAAUUCUUUCUUGAUUGAUAAAGAAACCACUCCUACUCAAGAACAAAAAUCCAAACAAAAACUCCGAGGUGGCAAAAUGAUAUAUCCCAAAGGUAAUAUCUAUUAAUGUAAAGGUAAGCUGACUGUUUUCUCACAAAGAGGUACUUCCAUUUUGAUGAUGUCCUCCAUCAGCUGCUCAAAGGAACGUAAUUGCUCUUCUAACAUCUAGAAGUAGAAAAAUCCAUUCUUAUAAAAAAAUUUGUUUUCUUCUUAAAUUUUUUCUUAUUACGAAAGCAGUAUAUAUAUUCCUUGCAUUCUUUUUAAGAAUAUAAUACUGAUGCUUCUAUAUAAAAUAUAAUGCUGAAUAAAGACAUCUGAUGAAAAGCUUUUCUUUUUUACUUUAGAGUCGCAUUCUCUGACAAGAGAAUGCAAUUACUUUCCAAAUAUUAGGCAUGCUGAAACAAAGUGAAUGAUGUUAUUAUGCAGAUGUGUUAUUCUCUUGACUUGUUUUUUUACUCUUCAUUUUUCUGAAAUGCUAAAAGUAGAGAGUAAAAAUCAUAAAAGGAAUAUUCAGUAUGUUUUGCUUUAUAUAUCUUUUAUGUGCAAAUAGGAAAGCAAACAAAGAAAUGAUUAAAUUGUGACAAUAAACUGAAUUAUCUUCAAUAGCCUACAUCUUUGAGGAAGAUGGGUAAAUUUAAAUAUCAUGUUCCAAAACUUUUGGCAUUUAUGCUCUGCUUCUAACAUGGUCUUGUAAAACAAAGCAGCUGGAGAUAACGAUUUAUUAAUAGAAUUUAAUAUUUCUAGGGGAGCACAUGCUCUUUGAAACUUUAAAACAAAAGCUAUGGAAACUUCAUUGAUGGAAGUGGCUUUAUGCAAACAAUCAAAAUUAACAUAAUUCGAAAAGAUUCAAGUACUCCUGAAAUUUUCAAUGUAUCCUGAUUUAAGAAAACUGUAUCUAAAAUAUCUCCAUUAAUAUAUCUAAAAGUAAUCAUUCAAGAUUGGAACAAUGCAACCCCAAACUGGCCAAUAAUUGCUCUUCCAUUGAAUUGGAUGAAUUGAAUUGAACAGGGAAAACAGCAAAGAACUGGUGGUUGAUAAAGAGGAGAAUCUAAGCUCAUCUAGUUACAUAAUCCUAAAUUAACUAGUUAAUCUCCUAGUUCUUUGUUCUAUGGCUGCAAAAUGAAGCAGUUGAUUUACCAGAUCAGUAGAUGUCAAACAUAGAGAAUGCUUCCCAAUCACCAAAUGAGGUGGUAGAAUAACAGAAUUUUCCAACAUCUAACAACUCUCCACCUAGUAUUAUCUGUACUCUGAAAUGGGGUCCUGAAACCUGUAUUUUUCUAUUGGUAUUCAUGUAAUAUACUUAAACUCUAGCUACAUGAUUCCCAAGGUUUCUGUCAUCCCUAUAGCAACUCUUUUGUUAAUUACCUUUCUAUAUGUCAUAUAAACCAUGCACAAUAUGGUUCUGGUUGCUGAAAACUCAGACAACCCAGAGUAUUUCAAGUGCAUUACAUAUGUUGCAACACCCUUUCACAUAUUCUUAAAAAACAAAAAGAAACUUAUAGGGUGAUUUUUACUUUCUUCUUUUUUAUUCCUCUAUAUUAUAGUACAUAAUAUGCAAAACUUGGUUCACGAAUAAAGAAUAGAGAAAUGAAAAUUCAGAAUUAGGGAGAGAAUUUCCAGUCAACUUUUAAGACAAUGUUUAAUUAUUCAGUAGAAUAAUUCUUAUGUCCGUAUCUUGUUAUGUAUUAACACUUUCUAGAUCAGAUCUAGUUAAAAAUUUAUGCAUAAAGUUUCAUGCCACUAGUAUAACAAAAUAAUAUAAUCUUCUUGUCACCUAAAAACAAAGUUCAGAAUACAAUAUGUGAACAUUGCAUGUGAAGCAUAAUUAUUUUGACAUAUUUGGGAGAGUAAAUACUCUUGUUUUAAAAAUUAUAGCCUUUCUAUAAUAUUAAAUUAAUCACUUUGAAAGAACUACAGAAAAGACAAACAGAAAGAAAUAGAAUAAUAAAAUAGAAAGGGCAUUUUAUAUAUAUGUGUGUGUGUGUGUGUAUGCACAUAUAUAUGUCUUUGGAAAGAUGAGUAAAAAUAUAAAUAAAAUCAACAUGAGAGACUAUGAAAAAUAUAUGCAUUAUUAAAAAUAUAAAUAAGAUAGAAGGUCUUAGAAUAUUCAUCUUUCUCUGAAAAAUACCACAAGAGGCCAGAAAUUGUUGGAAGAAAUCUUUUUGGAGUCACUGAAACUUUCAAAAGACAUUUCCUCUGUGUAAAAAGAGCAAACAAUUCUGAAGAUGGAACAUAUUGAGGCAAAGAAAACCUAGCUAACUGAACUAAAAGGAACAUUAUUGAUAAUAGGGAAAUUUAACAGUUCAUAAAAUAAAAUCAAUGAUGUAGCAGUUCAGCUUUAGUAACACAGAAUUCACAGGGGCAGUUAAGUAAUAAAAAUAAUGAUUAAGUUGGAAUGAUCAGGAGAUCCCAGGUAUGCCCAUUUUGCAUUUCUAACCAUGUUAGUGUAGACCAGUUACUGGCAAUUAACUUGUCUAAAGCUGGAAAAUUUCUCCUUUUUCAAAGACUUGGGACCAGAGAUCCCAGGGAGAUAAUGAUUUAACCAUUCUCUGAGAAUGUAUUCUGUAGAACAUAGCAAUUGCUUCAAGUUAGAAAGGUUCAAAGGGAUGGCUAAUUACCAUAACUUUGACAAAACAUUUGUAAAAAUGCUGAAUAGAUGCCUUCUUCAGCUCAAAAAUCAAUGCAACUAAAACAGUAUUAUACUGAUCCAUUAAUAUUUUUUAUGCCCAAUGUGUUAGUCUGUUUUGCAUUUUUAUAAAGGACUAUACUGAUUGGAUAAUUUAUGUAGAAAAGAGAUUUAUUUGGAUCAUGGUUCUGCAGGCUUCAUAAGAAGUGUAGUGCUAGCAUCUGCUUCUGGUGAGUCCUCAGCAAGCUUACAAUCAUGACAGAAGGCCAAGGGGGAGCCAACAAGAGAGGGAGCAAGAGAGAGAGGGAGGAGGUGCCAUACCCUUUAAAUAACCAGAUCUCCUGUGAACUCUUUUUUUUUUUUUUGAGAGAGUGUUUUGCUCUUGUUACCCAGGCUGGAGUGCAAUGGCGCAAUCUCAGUUCAGCACAACCUCCGCCUCCUGGGUUCAAGCAAUUCUCCUGCCUCAGCCUCCUGAGUAGCUGGGACUACAAGCAUGUGCCACCAUGCCCAGCUAAUUUUUGUAUUUUUAGUAGAGACGGGGUUUCACCAUGUUGACCAGGAUGGUCUCGAUCUCUUGACCUCGUGGUCCACCUGCCUCGGCCUUCCAAAGUGCUGGGAUUACAGGUGUGACCCAUCACGCCCGGCCCUGUGAACUCUUUACUGCAGGUAAGGCACCAAGCCAUCUAUGAGGCAUCCACCUCAUAGACCCAACACCUCUCUAAGCCCUACCUCCAACAUUGUGGGUCACAUUUUAACAUGAGAUUUGGUGGGAACAAAUAUCCAAAUGGUAUCAUCCAGCUUUUUCAAUUAUGUCCAGGUAACGCCUUUCUCUUUUAUAGCUAUAAUAAAAUGACUAGUUUGGUUACUUAUUUUGCAAGUGGUUACAUGAAUGAAGUUUGCGUGUUCUUUGUUUUCAGAAGGAAAGUUAUAGCAGUUUGGUUAUAGGGUAAAGUUGUAUGACUAUGCAAAAUAUUGAUAUCUCCUCGUUGAGCAGAUUUGUUUGCUUUUUGUUAGCCAAACCAGUUUGCCUUUCCACCUGGCAGUUAUUUGCAAAAUAUGAUUGAGUUAUGGCUGAUAAAAUAUGGGUGGAAAUGACAUAUGCCACUUUCAACUUUAUCCUAUAAGCAAACUUUCAGUGAACAGUCCAUUCUCUUUUUAUCCUGUCUUCCAACUGAAUGCAAUGGAAAUCAGGGGAGUGCACUAAUGAAGCACUAAGAAGCCAAAAUAUGAAAGGAGGAUGGGUCAUGAAUGACCAUUUCCAUAGCAUCCUGGACUUUACAAGGAUAAGAAAUAAAUUUAAACCAUUAAGAUUUGAGAAAAAUAUUGUUGUAGCAUGACCUUAACUAAUGUGCUCCAGAUAAUUCCUUACAUGCCUAACAAAUGGGUCUCUCCACAGGUAGGACACAAAAGCUCGGAUGGUACCUGUACCUUAAGGAAUCAGACAUGAUAAACCAAGGGACUAUAUUUGGGAGAACAGAAACAAAUUAGUCAUCCCUUAGAGCCCUUGCCCUCAGAGCCAGGUGUUGGAUUGGAAAAUAUCUGUUUCAAAGUGCAUUACAUAUGUUGCAAUGCCCUUGCAUCUAUUCCUUAGAAAACUGAUUUAGUAUCCAAAGUGUACAGGCCAUAAAUCUCCUAUCAUUUUCAUGAUUGAAAUUAGCUGUCUGAAUUAAUCUCCUCUCAGCUCCAAGAGGCAGUUAACUAAAAACAAGUUAGUGCAUAAUUGUAAAGGAAAAUAUUCAGAAAAUGAAAUUUAAUUGGUUGACCAAAUUGAUUAUUUUGUGGAGUUUUGCUAGUUUCUAAUUAUAGCAAGUGCCCUUCAUUUAAAACAGCUGAGUGAGUUGGUUACUCUCACAUAUGUGAAUGCUGUCAGCCCUCCCAAAAUGAAGCCAUUGAUUAGAAAAUUUCAUGGGUACAGACCUGUGCAUUAGUCCAUUUUCACACUGCUGAUAAAGAUAUACCAAAGACUGGGCAAUUUACAAAAGAAAGAGGUGUAACUGGACUCACAGUUCCACGUGGCUGGGGUGACCUCCGAAUCAUGGUGGAAGGUGGAGCAAUUCACAUCUUACAUGGGUAGCAGCAGAUGAAAAGAGAGCCUGUGCAGAGCAAUUCCCAUUUUUAAAACCAUCAGAUCUCAUGAGACUCAUUCACUGUCACAAGAACAGCACGGGAAACACCUGCCCCAAUAAUUCAGUCACCUCCCACUGGGUCCCUCCCACUAUAUGUAGGAAUUGUGGGAAUUACAAUUCAAAAUGAUACAUGGGUGGGGACACAGCAAACCGUAUCAGCCUUUAAAUUAUGUUCCAACAUUUACUUGUUGUUUGGAGUGGACACUUAUUUUCUACUGUAUUUUAAAAUACAUUUAUAUUGGCCAGGUGUGGUGACUCACAACUGCAUUGCAAGCACUUUGGGAGGCCAAGACAGGCAGAUAACCUGAGGUUAGAAGUUUGAGACCAGCCGGGCCAACAUGGUAAAACCCCAUCUUUAUUAAAAAUACAAAAAUUAGCUGGGCAUGCUGGUGAACACCUGUAGUCCCAGCUACUAGAGAGGCUCAGGCAGGAGAAUCACUUGAACCUGGGAGGUGGAGGUUGAAGUGAGCCAAGAUCAUGCCACUGCAUUCCAGUUUGAGUGACAGGGUGAGACAGUGUCUCAAAAAGAAAAAAAAAGAAAACAACAACAAAAACCCAAAAACCCCACAUUUAUAUUAAUUUUAAGUUAUUUAUAUACAUUUAGAUA